AUGUCAUUUAGAAAUUCUCCUGCUUUAACUUAAGAUAGAUCAAGAGGAAAUAGUUUAAAUGGCAAAUCAUAUUUAAGAAACACAUAGGUUUUAAAAUAAACUGACUAACUUUCAUAUCUAUAGAAAUAAAAUAAUUCAAAAAAAUCUUAAGAUUACUAAUUUCAAAACAAAAAUUUGACUUUAAAUUAAGAUAACUAUUUAACUUAUCUUAAUUUUGGAAAAAAUACUGAGAAAUAAUAAAAACCUCCUUAAUUUAUCAACCCAUAAAAUUUGAGAUAUUUAAGUCCAUCUAAUAUAAAUACUGCUAAAAAUGAUUUUGAAUAGAAUAAUUUAUAAUAAUAAGAUAAGUCAUAUUAAGAAAUAGCUGAUUUAAAAAUUAAAAAUGAUAAAACUAGAAUGUUCUAUUAAACCUAAAUUGUAAGUUUAUAAAAUGCUCAAGAUUAAUUACAAAUAGAAAAUAUUAGCUUAUCUAACACUAUUAAAAGUUUAUCAUAAUAAUUAAAUGAUGCCAGAUAUAUCAUCUAAAGAUUAUAUUCUUAAGUUGAUUUUAAUUAAUAGCAAGAAGAUAAUAUUACUCAAGAAAAUAAUACUAUUUUUUAUGAAUAUUAAAAUUUCAUUUUAAAAUAAUUAAAUGAAUUAGAAUAAUAAACACUUUAAUCUUUAGAACUUAAGGAAGAAAAAUUGUUUAAAAUUAUGAAAAAAUUAAAUAAAAUAAAUAGAAAAUAAUAAAUUGAUGAAGAUUUAUUAAACAGUGCAAGAUAAAUAGAUUCUAAAACUAUUAUAAAUGAAUUAAAAUAAGAUAAAUUAAAUUUAUAAUAAAAGGUUAAAAAUUUAGAAAUGUAAAUUAAAGUCAAUUAAAGAAAAUCAAGCAAUGAGCAAUUAAUUAAUUAGACUUCUUAGAUUGAAGAAUAAUUUAAUGAAUUUAAAAAAAAACAUUAACAGAUUAUAUAUAAUUUGGAAUUAGAUAAAAAGACUAUAUUAGAAAAUGAAUAAUUAAUUAAGAAAGAAGCAUAAUAAAAAAUUAAAAAAUUAGAAAGCCAAUUGAUUAAUUUAAUGGAUGAAUUAGAAGGAAGAGAUUAGACAAUUUAAUCACUAAAUCAAAAUAUUAAUUUAAAUAAAAAUUAAGUAAAAAAUAAUAUAAUAUUUGUAGAAUUAAAAAUAACAAGAUGUAUAAUAGUUUAUAAAUAAAUUAAAAGAGCAUGAGUUAAUUUAGUAAGAUUUAAAUUAGUAAAUAUAAUUAAUGAAAAAAAAUAAUGGUACUAUUUUAAAUGAAUUGGAAAAUUAGAAAAUAGAAGCAUAGAAAAUUAAAAAGGAUAAUUAAACUUUAUAAAUUUAAUGUGAUUAAACAAAACAAGAAAAUACAGAUUUAAAUAAAAGAAUUCAAACUAUGAAUUAAAAGUAAUAAUAAUCAUUAGAUUCUAUUAAUGAUUAAUGGUAAAUAUAGAAUUAAAAAUUAUCUGAAUAAUUAGCAAUUAAUGAGGAAAAAUAUAUUACAUUAACUAACAAUUUUAAUCAAUUAUCGAAAUAAAAAUAAGAUUUGGAAAUUUAAUUAGAAUUGUAAUAAUAGGAAUUUUAAAGUAAAUAAGAAGAAAUGGCAGAAUAUGAAUAACUAUAAGUUAGAGUGAAUAAAUAAAAUUAAACUAUUCAAAAUUUAGUUUAAUAAAAUUAAUCAUAUGAAAGCACAUUGAUAAAGAAUAUAGAUGAAAAGAAAUAGUUAGAAAAGUAAAUUUCAAAUUUGACAGAUUCUUUGAAUAAAUUAUCUAAAGAAAAAUAAAAUGAAUAGUUGUUAUCAGAGUAGAUAUAGAAAUAUGAAGAAGAGAUUCUUUCAUUGAAUUAAUAAAAUUAAACAUAUUUAAAUGAAAAGAAUUUGUUAUAAGAAUAAAUAAAAAAUUCAAUAAUUUAAUCAAAUUAAUUAAUUUAAAAAAUUGAGAUAUAAAAUGAUGUCGAAAAUUAAUUAAUGUUAGCUAAUCAAUAGCUAUAAUAAUAAAAUUAAUAAUUAAACAAAUGUCAAAAAGAAAAUUAUGAUUUAUUGAAAUAAAUAGAUGAAUUAACUGCAAAAAAUAAAAAGUUACUUCAAUAAUAAAACGAUGAAUGGGAAGAGCAGAACAAUAUUUUAUUAAAAAAGUUAGCAUAAAGUGAAAAUAAUUUAUUGAAUUCGUAAUAAACCAAUAUGAAUUAAUCAAAGAUAAUCGAAAAUUUAUAAGCAUCAGAAAUAAAAAAUUAGUAAAAAGAUUAAUUAAUAUCUAAUUUAAAAUAAUUAUUAGAUGAAUAAUAAUAAAUAAAUGAGAGUAAUAACAUCUAAUAAUAGAUAAUGGAACAACAAAAUUAAAUUAAAUAAUAUGAAAUAUAAUUAGAAGAAAAUAAUAAAGAAAAAUAGUAAUUUUUGAAUGAUCAUACAUUACUAUAAAAUGAAUAUAACAUUGAAAGAGAAAAAUUGGAAAACGUAAUAGUAGAAUAAAGGAAAAAUAUAGAAAAAAUUGAAAAAGAAUUAUCACAAAAGUAAACUCUAGAAUAAUAAUUAAAUAAAAAAUUGUAAUAAGCAUAAUAAUAAUUAGAAGAAAUUUAAUUUUUAUUAUAAGAGGAAUAAACUAAAUCAUAAUAAUUGUUAAAAUAAUUGCAAAGCAUUUCUGAUAAAAGUUCUUUUUAAUAAAAUUUAGAUUUAUUAGAUAUAUAUGAAUAGUAAGUGUCCCCUAGAGAAAAGGUUACUGAAACAAUAUAAUAUCCAGAAUCUAUUUAAAGUUAGGAUUAAAUAAAUUUAUUAUUAGAACAAAUAUAAAAGUAAAAUGAGAUUAUCGAAGAAAAAGAAUUAGAAAUAAAUUUAGUAAAUUAAUAAAAAAUUGAAAUAGAAAGUAGUUUAAAAGUAGCAAUAGAAAAGAUGAACAAUUAAGAGAAUCUAAUUUUAUAAUUAAAUGAAGAAAAACAAAAAUUAAUAGAAUAACAAAAUGUAGAAGCUAAUCAUUAAAAAUAAAAGAUUUCAAGUUAAGAAAAAUUUAUAUAAAGUUUGCAAAGUUAAAUUGAAGAUUUAUAAUAAGAAUUAUAAGUUUAUGAAAACAAAUAAAAAGAAUAAGAGCAAAAUAUAUAAUAAAGAAUUUUAGAAUAAAAUUAGGAGGAGUCAUUAAAAAAGAUAAUUUUACAGAAAGAUGGUGAAAUUUAAACUUUAAAGGAAGAAUUAAAAGCAAUUUAUGAAUAAAUUGAAUAAAAAUAAAAUAAAUCAAUACUUAGUAAUAGAUCUAAACGAAGUUAAUAAUAAAUAAAAUUUGAUUAAUUAAUGGAUUUAAAUGAGGAUGAUAAUAAUGAUGCAUAAGAAGAUGAAGAUGAUCUUUAAUUUUAAAAUUUAAUGUUACAUUAGUAAUUAAUAGAGAAAGAGAAUUUAAUAAAAUAAUUAGAAUAAUAAAAUAAGAUAUAAAAAUCAAAUGAAAUGGAUGUUGAAAAAUUAUAAUAAAUAACAAAGGAUAAAUAGUAAUUGUAACUUUAAAAUGAAGUAUUAUAGUAAGAAAUAGAUAGAAUGUAAAAAGAAAUAUAAAAAUUAAAAGAGGAAUUAAAAGAAAUUCAUGAAUAGAUUGAAUUGCAAAUGAAUAAAUCUGUAAUCAGUAAUAGAUCAAAAAGAAGUUAAAAUUAUAUAUCAUAUGAUAAAUUUCCAGAUGUAAAUGAUGAUAAAAGUUAAGGAUCAGAUGAGGAUGAUGAUAAAGAAUUAAACUAAUUUGUUUUGUAAAAGAAAAUUUAAGAUUAAGAGUAGACAAUAAAAAGUUUAUAAGCAGAAAAUAAGUAUUAAAUGUAAAAUAAGUAAGCUCUUUGUAAGAAUAAAUUAAUAUUUUAAAAAACAAAAGUGAACCAUUAAAGCCAAAUAUUGAAGAGAUAGAUUGGUUUGAUUGA